CAGGAGAGACCAAACCUACAGCAUCUGACGGUUACGACAAAGAUUCAAAGAUUCACAACUGAAAAGGUCCCUUUUUACGCAUAUUUCCUUUAAAAGAUGGAAUUCGAUGAGAAUAUAAGUAAACAUUUGCUUAGUGACACUCAAUAUAUUAAAGAAUAUAUUGAACAAAAUUCACAUAAAAUAAAUCAACAAAAUAGAGAUGGUGACACACUACUACAUCUGGCCUGUGCUCUCGGACAAACAGAAAUUGCUGAACAUCUGUUGCUGCAGUCUGGCAUUGAUGUAAAUGCUCUGAAUAAAGAUCAGUACACACCCCUACACCGGGCAUGUGACAAGGGACACGCAGAGACAGUUAAACAUCUACUGAAGCACUCUGCUAUUGAUGUAAAUGCUAAGGAUAGCAAUCAGUGCACACCACUACACAGGGCCUGUGUCGAGGGACACACGGAGACAGUUAAGCAUCUACUGCAGCACUCUGAUAUUGAGGUAAAUGCUAAGGAUAGCGAUCAGUGCACACCACUACACCGGAACUGUGUCGAGGGACACACGGAGACAGUUAAACAUCUACUGCAGCACUCUGAUAUUGAUGUAAAUGCUAAGGAUAGCAAUCAGUACACACCACUACACCGGGCCUGUGUCACCGGACACACAGAGACAGUUAAGCAUCUACUGCAGCACUCUGAUAUUGAUGUAAAUGCUAAGGAUAGUAAUCAGUGUACACCACUACACCGGGCCUGUGUCACGGGACACACGGAGACAGUUAAACAUCUACUGCAGCACUCUGAUAUUGAGGUAAAUGCUAAGGAUAGCAAUCAGUACACACCACUAUACCGGGUCUGUGUCACGGGAGACACGGAGACAAUUAAACAUCUACUGCAGCACUCUGAUAUUGAUGUAAAUGCUAAGGAUAGAGAUCAGUACACACCACUACACAGGGCCUGUGUCACGGGAGACACGGAGAAAGUUAAACAUCUACUGCAGCACUCUGAUAUUGAUGUAAAUGCUAAGGAUAGCUCAGUAUCACCACUAUACGUGGCCUGUGUCACGGGACACACGGAGACAGUUAAACAUCUACUGCAGCACUCUGAUAUUGAUGUAAAUGCUAAGGAUAGCAAUCAGUGCACACCACUACACCGGGCCUGUGUCGAGGGACACACGGAGACAGUUAAACAUCUACUGCAGCACUCUGAUAUUGAUGUAAAUGCUAAGAAUAGCGAUCGGUACACACCACUAUACAUGGCCUGUGUCGAGGGACACACGGAGACAGUUAAACAUCUACUGCAGCACUCUGAUAUUGAUGUAAAUGCUAAGGAUAGCAAUCAGUGCACACCACUACACCGGGCCUGUGUCGAGGGACACACGGAGACAGUUAAACAUCUACUGCAGCACUCUGAUAUUGAUGUAAAUGCUAAGGAUAGCGAUCGGUACACACCACUAUACAUGGCCUGUGUCGAGGGACACGCGGAGACAGUUAAACAUCUACUGCAGCACUCUGAUAUUGAUGUAAAUGCUAAGGAUAACAAUCAGUGCACACCACUACACCGGGCCUGUGUCGAGGGACACACGGAGACAGUUAAACAUCUACUGCAGCACUCUGAUAUUGAUGUAAAUGCUAUGGAUAGCGAUCAGUGCACACCACUACACCGGGCCUGUGUCAAGGGACACACGGAGACAGUUAAACAUCUACUGCAGCACUCUGAUAUUGAUGUAAAUGCUAUGGAUAGCGAUCAGUGCACACCACUACACCGGGCCUGUGUCAAGGGACACACGGAGACAGUUAAACAUCUACUGCAGCACUCUGAUAUUGAUGUAAAUGCUAAGAAUAGCGAUCUGUGCACACCCCUACACCGGGCCUGUGUCACGGGGCUCACGGAGACAGUUAAGCAUCUACUGAAGCACUCUGAUAUUGAUGUAAAUGCUAAGGAUAGCGAUCAGUACACACCACUAUACAUGGCCUGUGUCACGGGACUCACGGAGACAGUUAAGCAUCUACUGAAGCACUCUGAUAUUGAUGUAAAUGCUAAGAAUAGCGAUCAGUACACACCCCUUCACCGUGCCUGUUGGUAUGGACACACAGAAACAGUUAAUCUUUUACUGCAGCACUCUGAUAUUGAUGUAAAUGCUAAGGAUAGCAAUCAGUGCACACCACUACACCGGGCCUGUGUCGAGGGACACACGGAGACAGUUAAACAUCUACUGCAGCACUCUGAUAUUGAUGUAAAUGCUAAGGAUAGUGAUCGGUACACACCACUAUACAUGGCCUGUGUCGAGGGACACACGGAGUCAGUUAAACAUCUACUGCAGCACUCUGAUAUUGAUGUAAAUGCUAAGGAUAGCAAUCAGUGCACACCACUAUACGUGGCCUGUGUCGAGGGACACACGGAGACAGUUAAACAUCUACUGAAGCACUCUGAUAUUGAUGUAAAUGCUAAGAAUAGCGAUCAGUACACACCCCUUCACCGGGCCUGUUGGUAUGGACACACAGAAACAGUUAAUCUUUUACUGCAGCACUCUGAUAUUGAGGUAAAUGCUAAGGAUAGCGAUCAGUGCACACCACUACACCGGGCCUGUGUCAAGGGACACACAGAUACAGUUAAGCAUUUACUGAAGCACUCUGCUAUUGAUGUAAACACUGAGGCUAUCAAUGGGGACACACCACUCCACCAGGCCUGGGGCAAGGGACACGCGGAUACAGUUAAUCUCUUACUGCAGCAUCCGAGCAUUGAUUACUAUAAAAGAGAUAAAUCUGGUAACACACUACUCCAUCAGGCAGUUCUAAGACAAAGCUAUGAUGUGGUGGCAUUGAUGAUAUCCCAGGAUUCGGUGAAAUUGAACAUAACAAACUGGGAUGAUAUGACACCAUUUCUUCAAGCUGUCUCUACCGGCAACUUCAGAAUAAUGCAGGAAUUCAUUUCUAAAGGAGCAGACGUAAAAGUGGUCGAUAAUAUCGGAAACAAUUGUCUUCACCUUGCGGUGAGGAAAGAGGAGUUCCAUACUGAGGAUGAAUCCUUAACUGUCUUGGAUAAGUACUACAAAAAGCUCCAGCUUAGCAAAGAAGGCAAGCUUUCAAGCCUAGCAGUGGCUUGUUAUCUGGCCGACAAUGGAGCCAACUUUUACCACAGAAACGUAUGGAAUGUGAUGCCGCUGGAUCUUAUCAACGAUACAAAUUUAAAGGAAAGAAUUAAAGCACUUUUCCCACCACCAUUAUGUCUGCUGUGUAAAUCUAGUGAAGCUACAGUGACGUUUCAACCAUGUGAGCACACUGUUACAUGCAAAGAUUGCUGUUCAGAAAAUGAGCCUAAAAAUUGUCCCAAGUGUCAACAAGUUAUAGUUGACAAACGUGGAUUUGGGUCCCUAAAACUGAAGGAGAUACAUCUUAAAGUGGUGGCAAAUAAGUUAGGGAGUAAAUGGCAAAAUGUUGGUGCGAAUUUAGGAAUUGGCAGUUUCCACUUGAACAAGAUCAAGCUUGAAAAUUCAAAUAACAGUACAGAACAGAGCUUCCAGAUGCUCCGCAAAUGGUUUGCAACUUGUGCUCCAGAAGAAUUCACAUUCGCAACACUCAGAGAAGCUCUUCUGGAAGCUGAGUGCUUGGACGUACUCGAAUGUCUACCUCAGACAGAGUGAAUUUCUGUGUAAAUACUGUUUAUUUAGUCCCAGGUCAUCCAGACAGAGAUCUGUGAUAGGGUGGGGAUGGCAUUCCAGCCAUGACCACCCUGUCUUUAUCCUUAAUGUAAAGGAGCCAGAAACAUAUUGUCAAGUUUAUUCUUCUUUAAGAUGAUAAUUUGUAAAUUGAUGUGGAUUUGGCUACUGCUUCUAGCAGAUCUAACCGUCACAUAGAGACCUCUUUACUUGUUUAGUUCCCUUGUUAGAGAUUAAGUUUUGAAAUAAAGAUAAACUUUUGAAAUGUU